AAAAAGCACCCUAUAUAAACAAUGAUGGCCGUUACAAUCUCUCACUCAAGAAACAAUUAUUCAAGACAUAAUUCCAAGCUCUCCAUAAACCCCCUUCCGACCAAAACAAAACAAUCUAACUGAAAAUGUCCUCCACAAUCAGCACCAGCAAAGGCGAACAGCCCCUCGACCCGUACAAGGCCAAAAGCCUCGAGGACCCGCCCCUGCCCCAAAAGAUCGAAGACCUGGUUGACUUCAUCUCUGAGGCCAAAUUCAGCAUGUUAACGACCAAGGUCUCCGGGUCGGAAUACCUAACCUCGAGAUGCAUGGCGUUGGCUGGGAAGGAAAACGGUGGCAUCGACCUCCUCUUCCACAUCAACCUCUUCUCCAGCAAAACCCUUGAUAUCACCACGCACCCCCGAGAAGUGAAUAUGUCCUUCUUGGACCAAGUUAGCGGAUCCUGGGCGUCUAUUUCGGGGACGGCGUCCAUCGUUGCUGACAGAGCUACCAUUGAGAAGUAUUAUUCGCCGACGUUGCCGGCUUGGUUGGGCGAUCUUGGUGACGGGGUCCAUGAUGGGAGUCCAUCGGAUCCGAGGAUUGGGGUGAUUCGGUUGGAAGCGAAGUUGGCGACGUAUGCCGUGGCUACAAGGGGUAUCUUUGGGAAGGCGGUUGAGACGAUCAAGAGUGCUACUAAAGGGGAUGUACCGGCUAUCAAUAGUAUUCGGGAGUUGAGUGAGGCGGAGCUGGCUGAGUGGCGCCGGACGCAUAAAUAAGGGCUUUUCUUUUCGCUGGGCGAAGGGCUUCUUAUGAUUGAUUAUGUACAUGUCUUGUGAUGGGUCUCGGUUCGCUUAGGUACAGUAUUUAGAAUUGAAUCGAGAAAUUAAUGCCUGGUAUGGUGGAAAUAAUCGAAAUGAUUGAUAUUCAAAUAAUACA